AUGAAGAUCAAGGCUCUCACUCGCUCCGCCUCGACACAACAAGUCGCCGGCUCAGAUGUUACCAAACAACCACGCAACCUCGAUUCCGCUCUGCACCCUUUCGAACGCGCACGAGAAUACCAGAGAGCCCUCAAUGCCGUCAAGCUUGAACGAAUGCAUGCCCAGCCUUUCGUUGGGCAGCUAGGAAACGGCCACGUCGACGGUGUCUACUCUAUGGCCAAGGAUCCCAACUCGCUGGACCAUGUCGCCUCCGGCGCUGGUGAUGGCAUUGUCAAGGUGUGGAAUCUAGCCGAUCGAGAUGAGAUCUGGCAUGCCUCAGCGCACGAGAACAUCGUCAAGGGAAUGACAUGGACUCGCGAUCAGAAGCUCUUGACUUGUGCCGCCGAUAAAACAGUCAAGCUUUUUGACCCUUACAACACACCCAGCAAUGCGGCGCCCAUAUCUUCAUGGCUUGGAUCCAGUGCUUUCACCAGCCUGUCGCAUCACCGUUCCAACAACUCGUUUGCUGCUGCUUCGAGUGCUAUCCACAUCUACGAUCUUGAACGACACACUGCCGCUCCCGAAGUGCUCAAGUGGCCUACAUCCGUCGACACCAUCACCGACGUUGCUUUCAACCAAGUCGAGACAUCAAUCUUGGGAUCUUGCUCCAACGAUCGCUCCAUUGUGAUUUACGACCUCCGCACUUCCACUCCCGUCACAAAGACCGUUUUGAAGUUCGCCAGCAACCGCCUUUCUUGGUCACCCAUGGAAGCCUUCAACUUGGCUGUGGCUAAUGAAGAUCACCAAAUAUACCUAUUUGACAUGAGAAAAAUGGAUCGCGCUCUCAACAUUCUGAAGGAUCACGUGGCAGCUGUGAUGGACGUGGAGUGGUCCCCAACCGGCGAAGAGCUUGUGUCUGCCUCCUGGGAUCGAACCGUACGUCUCUGGAACCGCGAUAGCGGUCACUCUCGAGAUAUUUACCACACCAAGCGCAUGCAGCGUGUGACAGCGGCUCGCUGGACCCCUGACGCUCGAUACAUUCUCUCUGGCUCCGACGAUGGCAACGUGCGACUUUGGCGUGCCAACGCCUCGCGCCGUGAGGGUGUCAAGUCCGCUCGUCAGCGCCAGGCUCUGGAGUACAACGAUGCUCUUAUCGAGCGAUACCAGCACAUGCCUGAAGUCCGUCGUAUUCACCGUCACCGUCACGUACCCAAGGUGCUCAAGAAGGCUGGCCAGAUCAAGUCUGUGGAGCUCAAGAGCAUCAAGCGCCGUGAAGAGAACGAGCGUCGCCAUUCCAAGAAGCAAUUCGAGAGGCGACGAGGUGAGAGAGAGAAGAUGGUUUUGGCAACAGAGAAAUAA